UGAUUUUCCCCUCCAUCCUUUCUUUCUUCAGAGAAUCAGAGCCCAAUCCGAACUCAACCCGAUGGUUGCCACCAGACCGGUACUUCCCGCCACCCAACCGUCACCAUAGACCAUCAAAUUUUAGGGUUUCUAAACCGGACAUUAAAAAAUCCCAAGAUUCGAGUUUUAGUUUUCUCAGAAAAAUAUGAAAUGCUCAUCUCAGCUCAAUCAUUUUGCGCCUUCAAUUUCGGUUGGUUAGUCUGCAUCAUUCGGAGACACUUACGUUGUAAACUCUACAUUUUGGGUCUUCCUUAAAAUUGGCCAGUUAGGAAGAUGGAGAGUAGAGCAGUGAACCCCAAUUACCAUGCCUCUCCUUUACGCAGCGCUUUUAGGCUUCUUCUGCCUCGAAUUUCUAGCGAAAAGAUGCAGUUUUGCCCUCUGCCUCUCAAGGGCCUACAGAUGCAGUUCAAAAAGAAUUUGCUUUUUGCUUCUUAUAGCAAGCAUGACAGUACUGAUCAAGAUGCCGUUAUAACAAGGGAUGUAGCGUAUGGAUUAGCCGAUAUAGACUGGGACAGCCUUGGAUUUUCUUUGAUGCCGACGGAAUAUAUGUACGUCAUGAAAUGCUCACAAGGACAAAGCUUUAGUAAAGGUGAAUUACAGCAUUUUGGAAACAUUGAGUUGAGCCCCUCUGCUGGGGUCUUAAAUUACGGGCAGGGAUUGUUUGAAGGUUUAAAAGCACAACGUAAACAAGAUGGUAAUAUUUUAUUGUUUCGUCCCGAGCAAAAUGCAAUGCGGAUGAGGAUGGGUGCAGAACGAAUGUGCAUGCCUUCACCUACAGUUGAACAGUUUGUGGAUGCUGUUACGGCUACUGUUCUAGCAAAUAAACGAUGGAUUCCUCCUCAUGGUAAAGGUUCAUUAUACAUAAGGCCACUGCUUAUUGGGAGUGGAGCUGUUCUUCAUCUUGCACCAUCUCCUGAGUACACCUUUCUGAUUUAUGUUACACCUGUUGGAAACUAUUUCAAGGAAGGUAUUGCACCAAUACAUUUGCUGAUUGACACUGAAGUGCAUCGAGCAGCCCCUGGUGGUACCGGAGGUAUAAAGACUUUAGGGAAUUAUGCAUCGGUAUACAAGGCACAAGGUGCUGCGCAAGCCAAAGGCUAUACAGAUGUUCUGUACCUAGAUUGUGUUCACAAGAAGUACCUGGAAGAGGUUUCCUCCUGUAAUGUUUUUGUUGUAAAGGGUAAUGUCAUCUCUACCCCUGCCAUAAAAGGGACCAUCCUACCUGGCAUUACAAGAAAGAGUAUAAUUGAUGUUGCUCGAAGCCAAGGAUUCCAGGUUGAGGAACGGCUUGUCGCAGUGGACGAAUUAGUUGAUGCUGAUGAAGUAUUUUGUACUGGAACAGCUGUUGUUGUAUUGCCUGUGGGCAGCAUAACUUAUCAUGGUGAAAGGCUGUCUUACGGAAAUGGUGGAGUUGGUGUUGUGUCACAACAACUAUAUGCUGCACUGACUAGACUACAAAUGGGGCUUACAGAGGACAAGAUGAAUUGGGUUGUUGAGUUGAAUUAGGCUUUCCAACGAUUAUGUGUUCUUGUCCAUGGUAAAUUCGAAAUUGUUAAGUACCUGUGUCAGAUACUUGACCCUCGGAUAAGGGUAUGAGAUAUGUGUUGAAUAUAUUUAGUAGGACAUCCACUUAGCAAGCAUAUUCUGUAAUUCAAUUUUACCAUGGACUAUGCGUGGAACUUCUAUAUUAUGCAUGAAAUGCCGUAAGGCACUUUGUAAAUAUUAUUUAUCUGAAAAAAUAAAUGAACUAUUCUAUGAAAUUUAAACAUCUUGGCAUA